AUGAUUUGUAAAACUAAGCACUAUUUCUUUGAUCAUUAGUAUGAAGUUUAUAUUGAGGAAGGUUAUAUACUUAUUGGAAAAGUAAUAACUUAUUUAAAAGUAUUUUAGUAAAAAGAUUCUAUCAAAUAUAAGAUAGCAUUUUAGAAUAAAAUGUUAAUUUUCUGGAUAUUCUAAUAAGGGAAAUUCUUUGGGUUUAAGAUUUUGUUAAAAGAAAAAUGGAAAUAAUUUGACAUGAAUCAUGAGAAUUGUUUAAAAUUAAAAAAUAGCUUAGAUGGUAAAAUAGGUUAUCAUAAAAUGGACUCUCUUUACAAAUUAUUGGAUACAGUAGGUUUAGGAAGUUAUAGUGAAGUACACAGCUAUUUAUAAAAAAGGUUUUGUUAAUAGAGAGCUAUGUUGAUAAUAAGAAAUAUAUUGCUAAGAAGAUGGCAAUUAAUUCAAAAAAUAUAGUUAGUGUAUAAAACAUUAAAAAUAAAUUUAUAGUUCUUCAAUAAUGAAUUAUAUGCUUUAUAAAAUUUGAAACAUAAAAAUAUAAUAGAGAUGAAAGAGUUUUAUGUAGGAUUUGCUGAUUCAUACAUAAUAAUGAAUUACAUAGAAGGAGAAUCUUUGGCUAAAUAUAUGAGAUACAAUAAAAAAAUAUGUGUAAAAGAAAUCAUUAAUAUAUUAAAAGUAAAUUAAAUAAAUAAUAACAGUAAAUAUUGGAAGCUUUGGAAUAUAUUCAUUUGAAUGGAUUCAUACAUAGAGAUAUAAAGCCAGAGAAUAUAUUAUUUGAAAGAGAUCAUAAAUUUUUAACUAUAAUAGAUUUUGGAUUUGCAACAAAGAUAGAAAAAUAAGAAUACAAUGCAGGGACUCCAGGAUACAUAGCCCCAGAAGUGUUUGAAAAUGUAAUUUCAACAGAAAAAUGUGACAUUUUCAGUUUGGGAUGUAUUCUAUAUGAAUUGUAGAGCAAAUAAUAAUUAUUAGAAUGUAUGGUAAGAAACUGUUUCAAGGAAAUUCUCUUGAAGAGAUUUAGUUGGUAAACAUGA